AUGGGCCCGAAGAGAAAACUGGAUGACCUGGCCCAGCCAUCCAGCAGCGGAGACCACGGCGGCGGCGGAGGCGGAGGCGAUGAUAGACCGACAAAGGCGCCACGGCUCUCGCCGUCGCCGCCACCGCCACCGCCCGCGCAGUCGCCCUCUCGCGACCAGACGGCGCUUCCCACCUCACCGCCCCCGCUUCAGCCGCCAGGGUCCCCGCCGCCUCCCGCCGACAAGGAUCCGGUGGAGUUGGAGGAAGGGGAGCUAGGAGAUGAUGAAAAUUCAGGGGAGGAAGAACAGGAUGAUCAGGAUUCGGAAGGGGAGCUCGGGGGGUCACUUCCUGAUGGGAGAACGGACCUAGCCAACACUGGUGGUUUCGGGUGUCCACAUGCUCGUCCGACAGCAUUAGGACCUCUGGAACAACUCUUGGAAUUGGUUCGUGACUCUCCAGAUAACUCCAUCAUCCAGGAAAAGAUGAAGAUUCUCAGUAAGCAUUAUGUGCUCUUCAGAAGAACUCGCGAAGAUGGCAGCUGUUUUUACAGAGCUUUUAUCUUCUCCUACAUGGAGAUCCUUCGACAGAUGCAAGAUAAACAAGCUGAGGUUACUCGUCUUAUGGAAUGUUUGGAUAUGUCUAAAGAUAGAUUCUCUUGUCUUGAGUGGAACAGAGCAUACUUCUCAAUAGAUCCUGAAGAAUACUUCUCAAGUGUUGUUUCUGAGCUCAAUGAGGUUCUCAACGUCAUUGCAGCAGGCUGUACUUCUGAAUGGCUGUACCAGAGAAGCCUGCAGGAGUCCUUUUCAGGCAGGAUUAUAUCUCUCCUUAGGUUGCUUACUGAGACUGAAAUCCGUACAGAUGAAUUCUACAAGCAAUCUAUCCCUAAAAAUUUGAAUCUCCUCCAGUUCUGCUGGAAAGCGGUGCGAUCCCUGGAUGCUGAAGCUACCACUACACAAAUGAGGGCUUUAACGUAUGCACUCGGCAUACCGUUGCGUGUCGAAGUCGUGGACAAGAGCUCGACUGAUCGAGGUGUGUUAGUGAAGCGCCUUGAUUUCUUCCAUGAGUCCGACUUGGAGAAGGGCCCUCUCCGUUUGACUCGGAGCUACCUUUCCUCGAGCACAGCUCCUAUACCGCUGAAGCAGGGAAGCUACGAUGCCGACUUGCUAUCAUCUGAUGGCACACCCAUGCUGACCUUACUGUGUCGGCGUGGCCAUUGUGACAUUCUUUACCGCAAGUGA